CUUCCCCAGCAAAAUACUUUAGUACUAUAUUAUUAGUACUCUAUUUUUUAUUUAUACUUGUAGUACAAUUUUUUUCUUUGUUUUCUUGGACAUGGGAAUAUAAUAAGUUGGUGUUGCCAGUGGUGGUACCUUAACCUCAGAAUAAACCAAGUGGGUCAGCUCUGAUUAUUGAGGUCAUACUCCCCACUAGUUGGUCUUUGCCCCUUAACACCUUUCCCAAUCUGACCACUGAACCCCUUUUCACUUUAAUUAUACAUUUAUUUCGACUAUACAAUUAGUCUUUCUUCUCUAUGUCCAUUUUAGCACUAUUUUCUACUAUCUUUGUUGCAUUUUGCUACCCCUUUAUUGGUUUGCUUUUGCUCUUGUUGUUAAGGUAAUAAAGGAGCAACCUUUCUCAAGAUUGUAGAUUGGUUUUGUGUGUACAGAAUAUACUAUGAGUAUUCUUUAGGGUAAAUUCUUAAAUUGUUUUCAAGAUUUGUGUCCUUUUGCUGCUUAGGAGAGAAGUGACAACUGGGGUCUAUUCAGAAGUGAAGCAAAGUUCGGUUCUUGGAUUUGAUUUUGGUCAAGUUUUUGGAUGCUGACUUGAACUCUGCAGUUCUUGUUAUUACUGUUUUUAAGGUAAGUGAUUUGUAAUUGAGAUUGAUUCAUGAUUGGAGUGCGACAAUGGAGAGGUUUAUGGCCAGCUUUUUUGUUUCUUUAGUAUUACUAAGUAUUGUGGUUUAGUGAAUAGUGAAUUCAACAUGAAAAAUUUCCUCAAGAAACUGCAUAUUGGGUCCAAUCAAUCAGAGGAUUCAGAAGGGUCAACAUCAUCCUCAAAGAGCAAGAGACUGAGUGAUGUUUCAUCUCCUGAUGGGAAUUCAAACUCUAGAAACUCUCAGGGGUCUGAUAAUAAAACUUUUUCAGCAAUUUCAGGAUGGUUAAAUUCAGUUACAAAUCGGAAAAGUCCUAGUCCUCCGUCUUCCUCAAAUGUGAGUAGAGGGAACAGAAUGGAACAUUCUGACUCUGUGACUAUUGGUGAAUUGGAUGCUGCUUUAGAUGCUGUACAGCGUGAUUCGGAGUCUAGCAACUCAAGGGAUCCCAGUGUAGAGGAAGAAUAUCAAAUUCAGUUGGCUCUAGAGUUGAGUGCGAAGGAAGACCCUGAGGCGGUGCAGAUUGAGGCUGUUAAGCAGAUCAGUUUAGGCUCUUCUGCCCCAGAGAAUGCUCCAGCAGAAGUUGUAGCAUAUCGGUAUUGGAAUUACAAUGCUCUAAGUUAUGAUGACAAGAUCCUGGAUGGAUUUUAUGAUCUGUAUGGCGUCCUGAUGGAGUCCAAUUCUUCAAAAAUGCCAUCCCUCAUUGAUCUGCAAAGAACAGAAGUAUCAGAUCAUAUCAGUUGGGAAGCCAUCCUUGUCAGUAAAGCUGCAGAUUCCAAGUUGUUGAAACUUGAACAGAGAGCUCUAGAGAUUGCUGUUGGGCUGAGGUCAAAACUUAUAGAUUUUUCAGACAGCAGUUUGAUGCAGAAGCUUGCUGUGCUAGUUUCUGACCACAUGGGGGGCCCAGUUGCGGAUCCGGACAGCAUGUUGCUUGCAUGGAGAAGUCUUAGUUUUAAUCUAAAGGCAACUCUAGGGAGUAUGGUUUUGCCUCUUGGUUCUUUGACCAUUGGAUUGGCUCGUCAUCGUGCACUUUUAUUCAAGGUUUUGGCUGAUAGUGUGGGGAUCCCUUGCCGAUUAGUAAAAGGAAAGCAGUAUACGGGUUCAGAUGAUGUUGCAAUGAACUAUGUGAAGAUUGAUGGAAGGGAGUAUAUUGUUGAUUUGAUGGCUGACCCCGGCACACUUAUUCCAUCUGAUACAUGUGGAAUUCAUGGAGACUAUGAAGAAUCCAUUCUCUCCAUUAGUCCGUCCUCUAGAGAUGUUGAUUCUCAUCCGGGUUCCUCUAGUAGUGGUGUUGCUUCAUCAUUGGAAGAUCAUUCAGAUUAUGGAAUGGCAGACAAGAGAUCCAGGUUUGCAGAAUGCACUACUGCAGGAAAUGAACCUCCCUCCUCUAGUAAUUUGGAACAGCAGAUAAAAGCAGAGAAAGGAUGUUAUAAUACUUUCCAUGAUUUUACGAAGGAGCAGGGGCAAGAAACUUCUUCAAGAGCUGGGCAUGCAAGAUCUCCUUUUACACAUGCAAGAUCUCCUUCGUGGACAGAAGGUGUUAGCUCUCCAGCUGUACGCAGAAUGAAAGUAAAGGAUGCUUCGCAAUACAUGAUUGACGCCGCAAAAGAAAAUCCACAGCUAGCUCAAAAACUUCACACUGUUUUACUUGAAAGUGGAGUUAUUGCACCACCAAACCUGUUCGCUGAAAUGUAUCCGGAGCAAUUAGAUGUAUCUCAUGUAGAGGGAAAAUCCAGACUAGAGGAAAUAGAAAGUAAGGAAAGAGGUGAGUUCCAAUUCAGGGGUCAAUCUGAUGCGAAUCGUGCCCGCUUCUUACCUCCUCUGCCUUAUCACGGUUCAUACUCUAAGGGCAAUGCACGUGGAUCAUUCGAACCUCAGCCAGAUGUGAGAGAAGUUGGGGAACAGCAAGUCUCCAGACAGAGUGAAGUUGCUCCGUUGAAACCUAUGAAACAAAUGCCUGUUGCUGCUGCCGCCGCUGCAGCAGCAGCUGUUGUUGCUUCUUCGAUGGUAGUAGCUGCAGCCAAGACUAACUCUCAUACAGACCUCCCUGUAGCAGCUGCUGCCACUGCCACAGCUGCAGCAGUGGUAGCAACAACUGCAGCUGUCAGUAGGCAAUAUGAGGCACUAGGAGACUGUGGAAGAGUUGAUGGAGAUGCUGAUACUGCCAUUUAUGAGCACCAGCGAAGUGGUGAUCAAGAGCAUGAGGCGCUAGGAGCAAAUUCGGAGGGUGAAAGAAUAUCAGAUAGGUCAAGCGGUAAUGAUAGUGCUAAAUCAGAUGUGACACUUGAUGAUGUGGCAGAUUGUGAGAUUCCAUGGGACGAUAUCGCCUUGGGCGAUCGUAUCGGGCUUGGAUCCUAUGGAGAGGUCUAUCGUGGAGAGUGGCAUGGAACUGUAAGUUCAUUAUCCUUGUGCCAAUUGGGGUUUCAUUUAAUUUAUUUUGGGGUUGGUUCAAAAGAAAUUUUAGGUGGUAUUUGUUUCCUUCACGCAUAAAAAGGCAGAGCUUUCUUUUUUAUCUAGCUGAAUAACUAGAUUGAUUGCAAUUU